UGCGUCAGGUAUGACGUGUGAUCUGCACUCCUCUGCUGCAUCUUCUUGCUCCGCAAGUCCGCCUCCCGAACAAGUGUUGUGGGACAAGGCAUCUCUGAUAGUUAUGGCGGCAGUUCAAGGCUCUAUGGCUUCUGACGCCCGACGUCAUUUGUCGGCUUUCAGCGCAGUCUUCCCGACGAUGUGCAGAUUGUCACCAAACGAGGCAACGCCUUUAGUAAACCUGUCUACUUUUGAAUCCUACCUCGAGCUGUCGCGCCUCUCUAAGACGGCAAAAGUAGGAUCUCCAGCCAACACCAGCUCCAAGUUUGACUUUGCGAAUCUUGCCGAAAGCGUUUCAAGGAAUUCAGUUAAUGAUCAUGAAACACAAGUAGAGGAGAAGCAAUUUAAAGGUAGUGAAGCUUUCCUGAGUCCAUUGGCAGCUACUCUCCGUACUCUGCCUCUUCUUGCCGGUAGUUAUCCUUUACUUUUCAGUCCAUUCUAUCGGUCAAUUAUAACAAACAGUAGAAACAAUCAACAUUAUCUUCAGUCAAAGCAGCAAAUUGACUUACCCGUCACACCGAGUCAGACAAGCCCGAACUCUGAGUCAAAGAUAAUGUGUCCUCAACGAAUGCUCAAUGAAGAGUCUUCUGCAAUGCAGGCCGCAACACCGCCCUUCAAGAGGCCUUACAGCUCGCGGACACGCGCUGCUCGCCCCAAGAAGCAGUUCAUUUGCAAGUAUUGCAAUAGAAACUUCACUAAAAGUUAUAAUUUGCUGAUUCACGAGAGGACACACACCGACGAGCGGCCGUACACAUGUGAUAUCUGCAAUAAAUCCUUCAGACGACAGGACCAUCUCCGGGACCACAGGUACAUACACAGCAAGGAGAAGCCAUUCAAGUGUACAGACUGCGGUAAAGGGUUUUGCCAGAGCCGCACCCUGGCAGUGCACCGAGUCCUUCACUUAGACGAGUCUCCACACAAAUGUCACACUUGUGGCCGAGCCUUCAACCAGCGCAGCAACCUCAAAACUCACCUCCUCACACACACCGACCUCAAGCCCUACACUUGUCGUUUCUGUGAUAAGGUGUUCAGAAGAAACUGUGACCUUAGAAGACACGUUUUGACCCACAGCGGAGGAAUUGCCGGAGAGAUGGGGACCGCAUCGUGCCUAACUUCUUUCAACCCCUCACACCUAACUACCACACACUCGUCAACCGACCAUGUCAUGUCUCUGCAGCCAUUGACAAAUGCCUUCAAGGAAGUGACCGACAGCAUAAAGGCCGCGGAAGAUGAAUUGUCUGGCGAUGCCACUCCUAUACACUCCUACUGGGGCAUGAACAACAAUUCUGGUCAUCAUGCACUCUUAGGAACAAGAGACUUCUGCAUGAGUCAAUCUUCUGAUGAUCUCCACGAAUGCAACGGAGGAAAUCGUCGUGGUCCAAAAGAUGUCAACCAUGAGGAAAUUCACGAACUAUCGCUGAGCGAAAAUUUUCCUGGCGACCAAGAAAGCUUUAAGACUUCGAAACGGAAAUCUGAACUCAUGACAUCAGCUACAUGGCGCAGCAACGUAGCGGCAGACGCCCCUAAGGUGGCACCAGCCUCCAGUGUUUUCUCCAGAUUGCAACUGGAGCAGCGCCAUGUUGAAUCUAAAAAUCCGAGCAAGAACGCUCAGGAAAACAACACGAGAACCACAUCUAAGGGCCUUCCAGGUUCUCAUGGAGCUUCAAGUAAGCCUAAAUCGGAAGAAGAAGCUUUGGAAAAGAAGCGAGACACUCAAAUGAAAGACGAAGAUACGAUUCCAGUAAGCAGAAGAGCCUUCAGCAUUGCAGCAAUUAUGCAUGGAGUGAAAUGAUUGAAAUUUUACGUCGGGUAAAAUAUCCUGAAAAAAUUAUCUUAAAGUCUUUUGUGCAGAGUUUGGUAAGGAGCAACUGUUUGUGGGUCGGAAAAUGGGAAUUCACAUCUAACGAAAAUAAUUUUUUUUAAUUGCUUAAAUCUAUUAAAAUGAUUAAUAACUCUCUGUCUUCAAUAUUCCGUUCUCGAGCGAUGGUUUAGCUCUAUUCCUGAACCGUUUCGCACUUUUUAAAAUCAAUUAAAUUCAUUUUGAUAUGCUAAAAGUUUUGUGUCACAAUCUGCCUGAACUUUUCACCAAAUUUAGUGAUUCCUAUAUUAUUUCAAAUAGAACAUAGUCGUUGUAAUAUUCGCCCCUAUUCCUCAUUUUGAUGUGUUUUUACAUUUGGUAUUUGAUAGCAGGAAACCGGAAUGUAAGAAAUAUUUUUGUAUAUUUUCACCACAUUUCAAAAUAAAUCGGGAUAUUGUAGUCGAAUGAAACAUCAUUGCUGGUCAUAUUCGAAACAUUGCCGACAUCCAGGGUACUGAUCACAUACGAUCUCUGAGUGACGAAAGUGACUGAACUCAGUUGCUAAAGUGAAAACUGAAUUGAUUUUUAGCUAGCUAGAAUAUAUCUACUGAUUGUGAAAUUAUUUCGGAGCGAAAUCCGGCUGUUCGCAUGUUUGGUUUUCACGAAGUAUUGGUAAACCUGGACUUGCACUUGCGCUACUUGUUUACUCCCUGGAAAAUGCACAGACUCAGUUCAUUAUAUAGAGUGUUCAAUUGCCUUUAACAACAGCGAACACUUAUGACACUUAGACGGCCACGGCUCUCGAUCUUAACCAUUCCUUUAGGUUGCUAGUUUGUAUUCAAAAAGUACGCAGUGCUUCAGCGAGGUAAUGUUGAGUUUAUAUUACUCCAAUCAUGAUAAUAUUUGAAGUGAAAUUGUGUUGAAAGUUGAU